UUCCCAGCUGUGGAAUCUCACUCGCUGGUAAAUACUGGUAGCUAAAAAGUUAGCAACAUCAAAUUUGCUGCAAUUCAAACCAGACAGUAAGCACAAAUUAAUAUUUGAGAUUAUGGCGUCGUCUGAUGUUGCUCGGCAGUUGCAGGACAAAAAUGCACGUCCCCUGUCCUUGUCGGGUCAUGUUGGCUUUGACAGCUUGCCUGACCAACUGGUCAACAAAUCAACAAGCCAGGGUUUCUGUUUCAACAUUCUCUGCAUUGGUGAAACGGGCAUUGGGAAGUCCACUCUCAUGGACACGCUGUUCAACACAAACUUUGAGAACUUUGAGUCGUCCCACUUUGAGCCCAAGGUGAAGCUGCGGGCCCAGACGUAUGACCUGCAGGAAAGCAACGUUAGGCUCAAGCUAACCAUCGUCAACACUGUGGGCUUUGGCGACCAGAUGAACAAGCAGGAGAGCUACCAACAUGUGGUGGACUACAUAGACACCCAGUUUGAGUCCUACCUGCAGGAGGAACUGAAGAUCAAGCGCUCCUUGCAUAACUACCAUGACUCCCGAAUCCACGCCUGCCUCUACUUCAUUGCCCCUUCCGGACACUCGCUCAAAUCUCUGGAUUUGGUCACCAUGAAGAAACUGGACAGUAAGGUCAACAUUAUUCCCGUCAUCGCCAAGGCAGACACCAUCUCCAAGAGCGAGCUCCAUAAGUUCAAGAUAAAAAUAAUGAGUGAGCUGGUCAGCAACGGGGUUCAGAUCUACCAGUUCCCUACUGAUGACGAGACAGUGGCCAAGAUAAACACCGCCAUGAAUGGUCACCUCCCCUUCGCUGUGGUGGGAAGCACAGAGGAAGUGAAGAUUGGGAACAAAAUGGUGAAAGCGCGGCAGUACCCCUGGGGUGUGGUGCAAGUGGAGAACGAGAACCACUGCGACUUCGUGAAGCUGAGGGAGAUGCUGAUCUGCGUGAACAUGGAGGACCUGCGUGAGCAGACGCACACGCGGCAUUACGAGUUGUACCGCCGCUGCAAGCUGGAGGAGAUGGGCUUCAAGGACACGGACCCCGAGAGCAAGCCAGUCAGCCUGCAGCAGACGUAUGAGGCAAAGCGGCAGGAGUUCCUGGGGGAGCUGCAGAAGAGGGAGGAGGAGAUGAGGCAGAUGUUUGUCCAGAGGGUGAAAGAGAAGGAGACGGAGCUGAAGGAAGCAGAAAGAGAGUUACAGAACAGAUUUGAGCAGCUGAAGAGGCUGCACCACGAAGAGAAGACCAAGCUGGAUGAGAAGAGGAAGAUGCUGGAGGACGAGAUCAACACUUUCAGCAAGAAGAAGGCUGCCACGGAGCUGCUCCAGGCCCAGUCCUUCAACACUAAUGCCAACAUCAAAAAGGACAAGGAUCGCAAAAACUCUGGGUUCAUGUGAGAAAACACCGAUGGACAUAGACCGCUGACCUCUAUGGAGACCCAUGAACACAGAAUAGCAUUCCUUUACUGCUCUUGACAUAAUUACUAGUCUCUGUACGCUGUCUGGAUUAAUCUGGACUGCUGCUUGUGCAGUCCUGUGCCAAGAUGUUUAUAUACACUAUUACCAUUUAGUUUUUUUUAUACACCACAAUGCUGUUAUGCCUUAUUCCUUUCUAAACCACUGCCUCAACGUAGUUGUAUUGCUGACCUGACGUGUUCUCUUUGUGGGAGUCAAAUGUAUCACACUAAUAGGAUUAGAGAGCUUGUUUGUAUAUGUCAUAGACAUGGAAGUGAUUGAGAUUUUUCUCCCAGCUGUUGGAUCAUGUACCUUUGUCUGUUGUGUGCUCAGCCCCCCCCCCCCAAUUUGCCUACCUUCCACUGCCUGAAAGAGAUUUUCACAUUGGUACACUUUGUAUAGCCUUGUGUAAAAAAAUAAUCUCUCCUUUAUUUUCAACAAUUAUUGUACCAUAGCUUGGAAAGGACUUGUAGAAACAGCAGUAUGGAGGGGCUUGGCACAUUGUUGGGAGGAUACCCACUGAAGAGUGUUUAUUAAAAAAAGCAGCUUAACCAAACUAUGCAACUUUUGAUAUGAAACCUGUAGUACAUACGUAUUUUCACAUGCUGCCUUUAAGCUUCACCGUGCCUUAACUUUUGUUUUAGUAUUUGGAAGUACUUAUCGGCAGCUGCAAUUAAAAGGGAGACACAUUGCAUGAAAAGUGUUUUAAGAUAUAUUGCGUGUUUGGUAAUGGUUGGUAGCCACAUCUACACCACUAUAAUAGAUGGUUCUGAAGUGUAGAUUUUUUUUUACAAACACUAAUGCACCAAAGAUUCACCAAAACAUAAUUUUAACUCCAUUUUGGUACUCUUACAUUAAGUAAUGUAAUUAAGAAAGCAGACAGUGUUGGUGAGGAAUGAGUGUGUUUGAAUUGGCAAAAUAAAGUUUUGUAUUUCUCAAAAGUG